GCUGUUCUGAAAAGCGGCUUGUCUUUUCUGACCCAGAUACACAGUUUCCAACUGUGGGAGAUGCUGCCAGAAAGCCUCUUGGCAGAAGGCCAGCAAUAAAAUUAUACUGCAGAAAAAACACAACAUAUUUUCAGCAGCACUUUGGACGGUGUGACGAGAAAUUACCUGAAUGCAAAGCAGAAGUUAAAGUAAGCUUCCAGUUUAAAGUUGCAAACUUCUUAGUCUGCCUUGGUAAAGGUGAAUUGCAGACAGUGACUCCCAGAGCAUCUUGGCUGUAUGAACUCUUGAGCUGUCAAGGGACUGAGAGGCUUAUGAAGAGGUUCUGUCAGGCAAAACAGUGCUUAGCCAAGACACCAAGGAGGAGGGAAAAGGAGAAAGGGAGGGAGAGAGAGCUGAAACACUAACAAACCAUGAGAUCUAUCCGAUCUUUUGCUAAUGAUGACCGCCAUGUAAUGGUGAAACAUUCAACCAUUUAUCCAUCUCCAGAGGAACUUGAAGCUGUCCAGAACAUGGUAUCAACAGUAGAAUGUGCCCUUAAACAUGUCUCUGACUGGAUGGAUGAAAAGAACAAGUCUACAAAAUGUGAGGGUGAUGUGGAAGCAAAGGAGGAAGCUGCAGAAAGCAAUGCCAAGGAUCAAGGUGGUCGGACGUUGUGUGGUGUUAUGAGAAUUGGCUUGGUUGCAAAGGGCCUGCUGAUAAAAGAUGAUAUGGAUCUGGAGCUGGUGCUCAUGUGCAAAGAAAAACCCACAAAGACCUUGUUAUGUAUAGUUAAAGACAAUCUCCCAGCUCAAAUUCAGAAACUUACAGAAGAGAAGUAUGUCGUGGAGGAGCAUGUAAACGAGGCAGCUAUUGUUAUUCGUAACACAAAGGAGCCCAAGCUGACUUUGAAGGUGAUACUUACAUCCCCUCUCAUUCGAGAUGAAGCAGAUAAGAAGGAAGGAGUAGACAAUGUUGCGAUGAAAGAUCCUCCGGACUUAUUGGACAGGCAGAAAUGCCUGGAGGCCUUGGCGUCUCUGCGGCACGCCAAAUGGUUUCAGGCCAGGGCAAAUGGACUAAAAUCAUGUGUAAUUGUCCUUCGUAUUCUGCGGGAUUUGUGCAACAGAGUCCCCACAUGGGCACCACUGAAAGGAUGGCCACUCGAGCUUAUAUGUGAAAAAUCUAUAGGUACUUGUAAUAGACCUCUGGGUGCUGGGGAAGCAUUGCGACGAGUGAUGGAGUGCUUGGCAUCUGGAAUUCUGCUUCCUGGAGGCCCUGGUCUGCAUGACCCCUGUGAACGGGAGCCAACAGAUGCUCUGUCGUACAUGACAGUUCAGCAAAAAGAAGCCAUUACGCACAGUGCGCAGCAUGCCCUCAGAUUAUCAGCCUUUGGUCAGAUCUAUAAGGUUUUGGAAAUGGACCCCCUCCCAUCAAAUAAGUCCUUUCAGAAAUAUUCCUGGUCAGUAACUGACAAAGAAGGUACAGGCUCCUCUGCUCUUAAGAGGCCAUUUGAAGAUAGUGUUGGGGAUGAUAAAGAUCCAAAUAAAAAGAUGAAGCGUAAUCUGAGGAAAAUACUAGAUAGUAAAGCAAUAGAUCUCAUGAAUGCUCUGAUGAGGCUGAACCAAAUCAGGCCAGGGCUUCAGUAUAAGCUGCUGUCACAGUCUGGUCCAGUCCAUGCCCCAGUCUUCACAAUGUCUGUAGAUGUUGAUGGUACAACAUACGAAGCAUCAGGACCUUCUAAGAAAACAGCCAAGCUCCAUGUGGCAGUGAAGGUUUUACAAGCCAUGGGGUACCCAACUGGUUUUGAUGCAGACGUGGAGUGUAUGAGUUCCGAUGAAAAAUCAGAUACUGAAGGUAAAAGUGAAACAACAUCUUCAGUCUCAAGCAAUAAUACUGGAAAUUCCACAGCUGACACCUCCGCUACCCUAGAGGUAAGAACUCAGGGUCCUAUACUCACAGCAAGUGGCAAAAACCCAGUGAUGGAGCUCAAUGAAAAAAGAAGAGGUCUGAAGUACGAGCUCAUCUCCGAGACAGGUGGAAGCCAUGACAAGCGCUUUGUGAUGGAGGUAGAAGUAGAUGGGCAGAAGUUCAGAGGCGCAGGCCCAAAUAAGAAAGUAGCAAAAGCAAGUGCUGCAUUAGCAGCACUUGAAAAACUGUUUUCUGGGCCUAAUGCAGCAAACAACAAGAAAAAGAAGAUUAUUCCUCAGACUAAAGGGGUUGUCAAUACAGCUGUUUCUGCAGCAGUCCAGGCUGUUCGAGGCAGAGGACGAGGUGCUUUAACACGAGGAGCAUUUGUUGGAGCAGCUGCUGCUACUGGCUACAUAACACCAGGCUACGGAGCACCGUAUGGGUACAGUACAGCCGCACCAGCUUACGGUAUGUAUAGCCCAGUAAUUAACACAUUAGAAAUGAUACUGAAUCUGUUGUGGCAGUCCAAAUGUGGCAGUCCAAGGAGAAAGUCAAAGAGAUUCAAGCUCUUAAAACCAUGACAACAACACCACUUUUAUGCCAUAACCUUGUGGUUCUUUUUUGGUUGGAGUAGCUUUUCUGCCUAUGCUUUGCCUGAUUCGUGGAAGGACUGCUUGUUCUAAUUGCCUGUUCCCUUUCAUACUGAAAUUGAAGUAGUUCUCUUACUUUUUACAGCCAAUCUGUGCUCCAUUCAAAGACUACCGAAGGGCCUAUUUCAGCAUCUCUGUCCUGUGUUUACCUAAAUGGCAUUACAGUAGCACUGGCAAAAUGUUUGUCCCCAAGCGUAAGUGGCUUGUGGACAAAGCUCCCUUAAUGCCAUCAAUUCCAUAAAGUUUAUGUGUAUAUACCCCCACCCUGAUGCCCCUGCAGGCUAAAACACUGCUGCUUGGGACAAGCAGAAUGGGUUCUGUGUAGUUUGUACUGUCAGCCAUCCAGCCACAAGGAAGCUAGGAUGUGACUAUUCACCACAAUGCUUUUUACCAAGAACCACAGCGAUAUUAGGCUGGCAAAGCACUGGCUUCAUCCAGACUGUAUCAGAGAGCUAUGAGGAAGGGUUUUUCUUAACUCAGCUUCUCCCUCCCCACUGGCUGUUCUUAUGCUGGACUAACAAUGCACACUUCUAACCGGCCCUUUUGGUUACUUUGAAUGAGGUUUAUGUGGCAAUGGGAGCAAAGCCGUUUGGAGUCAGUGAUAUGUCCUGGCACAUGGAGCAAGCCCUCUCCUGUGCAGGGACUGGGGGAAGCCCAGGACAUUUCCAGGCCUGUGUUUUUCAUAUGGGAAACUAAGCCUGCAUUUUGCUAUCAAUUUUCUGGCUUUUAUAGCAUUUGGAGUACUGGUUUCUCUCAAAUUUGUAUAGUUUGGGCAACACCAACUCCCCUGAUAGCAUUAUAAAAGUUAAAAAUACUUUGAAACAUAGAUUUCCUGACUUUAUUUUAGAGGUCUGACCUAUAAACAGGGGAGGAACGCUGCUGCCUUACUGAAAAUGUUCACUUUGCUUGUCUAGGACCAAUAGGUCCUACUGCACACUGCUGCAGUGGGAAGGGAAGGGAGAACAGCCCCAGGGGCUGUGCUCACAGUGGGGGAUUCUCCUUUCCAAAGUGAAGUUGACUUGUAGAACUCCUGCCCUAUGGGCUGGGCAAGUGCUGUGACAGAACAGCAGCUGACAGCAGGGCUGCCCCACUCAGCACUCUCUCUUGUGUUGCAUUACACAAAGAACAGCUACAUGUUUUCUCAAGGAAAAAUGGCUUACUCUCAAGGAAAAAAGGCUUACUAAAAUGAGUAAGAUGAUUUAGGGCUAAGAUGAGAUGUAUCUGCAUGUGUGUGUUUUUACAAGCAGCUAUACAGUGAUGUAAGAGGAACGUAAUUGUUACCAACUCUCCUUGUAGCUUUUUGUGCCUUUCUCAUUCAUUCUGUUCUGUGUUUUUUCUCAUGAUGCCUAUUUUGGGAGCUGGAUUUUUAUCACUUAGCUGUGUAUAUGUGACAUAUCACUGACUUCAAAGCAUUGUGGAAUUGAAUGCCCCCAUUUUUCACAUAAAGAGUUUCUGUUUUUAAUGUCCUAUGAUUGUGAUGCGAAGUCCUGGGAUAAUGCUUUUUGGCUGUAAGGUAAACAUGUCUCUUUGCCUUUGUAAGCUGUUGCAUGUUGGGAAACUUCACUUUGAUCAUCUGGUGCUCUGGAAUACCUGCUGUUGCUGCUUUGUGAUUUCUAAAUGGACAUAUAGGUUAAAUACUAGAAUUUAAAUAGGCAAGAUUUUAAAAAAACAAAUCACCAUUUAAUUAUGCAGAAGUCUGUGAGGCCACAAGAACUCUCUAAUAAUCUUGAAAUCAGGCAGAUAUUAAUCUUUCCAGAUUUGCCACUUCAAUACAGGAGAGGAAAUGCAGAAUAAUGAAGCAGAUGCAGCAUUUACUGUAGGUGCUUGAUUUCUGGCUGACCUACCUGGAUGCUUAUCAGAACUGCUGAACAGUUUCCCUGUGAGUUUGCUUUUACACACAGCAGUGCCUGUCUAGAUUACCUGCAGUUGUAACUGACCUGUGAUAUUAGCUCAGAACACUGGAGGAGAUAGUAGAGUUUAGUUAUCGUAACGAUUAUGAAGCAGAGCUUCAAGUCCAACUGCACGCUCUGCUUUUGAGAGUAUUGCUUACUUAAAUAUUACCAAACACCAGGACAAAAGCAAAGGUUAAGCUAACCAUCUGUUUGAAAUAGUGCCAGUGUCAAAGUGUUUCUGUUUGUGGGACUCUGCACCCUAAAACCACAUUGAUUGACUGAUCUGGAAAAGGUUAAUGAGAACACAAUUGUACACUCUUAUCUGACUUUCUUGGAUCACUGAUUUGGAGUCCUCUCCCUUUCUUUUC